UUCACCUGAUCAAACACAUGGAUACUUGUAAUCCAUAAGUGAACCUGUAUCCAGUUCAGUCUAGUAAAUUAUUACAUUUUCUAUAUCCUUCCCUGACCUUCCCUUAGAGAUGCCGAAAAUUUAAAUAAGAAUACCUCAUUCCUUUUCUUCUUUACCCCACUGCAUACCCGUCGAUUCCUUGAUUUUCAGCCUAAUCUUCUCAAGUUUUGAUUCUUCGUCACGUUUUUUGUCUUUCAUGCGGCAUCGUAUCACACAAGCAGGAUUCAGACUGUUUGCUAUUGUUUCUUGAGGCUUUGCGCCGCCUUUAACUUGAUUAGACAGCCAGAGGCUCGCAGCGUAUCUCUGUCCAAUCCGAAAGUUUUUUGUACUGGGUAGAUCGAGAGAGACUCGAGAUCCAAAUUAUUGUAGCUACCUUAGAGCUAGUCCAGCGUUUCAAAUCAGGAUUUCUUCAAGGCGCCACCUCCAGCUCCACAUAGAACAGCCUUAUUUUCUUUUCGAGAAUCUGAUUGCAACACCGCUCCAACUUCACUCGCCGCUCACGCAUACCCCACCAAACCACAAUCAUGGGAAGCAUUGUCGCUGAUGACAAAAUGACCGCCAACCAAUCUUUACUCCAAAAGACCGGUAAAACUCAGGCGGCAUUCGUGCCCAAGCUCUACAUAAUGGUACAAACCAUGAAGCAGCCGACACCCGAAGAACCGAACCCAGAACAACCACUAAUAAGCUGGUCCAAAGCCGGAGAUGUCUUUUGCGUUUUUGAUCCGAUCGAAUUUUCGCGAGUCAUCUUACCUUUGCACUUCAAGCACAACAACUGGCAGAGUUUUGUUCGCCAGCUCAACAUGUAUGGCUUCCACAAAGUUAACGACUUACUCUCCAGCUCACACUCCCAAACGGACACUGUGCAGGCAUGGGAAUUUAGGCAUCCGUUCUUCAAACAAAAUCGCCCAGAUCUUCUCCCGAUGAUCAAAAGAAAGUCAACCAAGCACCAUGGCGCAUCCAAAGCUAAUAGUUCCCUCGCCAAUGUUCAAGCUACAUCACAGGCUGGCGAGAUUCACUUUCAAAGACAGAUGCCAUUAUCCAAUGGUAUUCCGGGUCGCACUGCUCGAACCUUUGAGUCUUGCAUGCCCCACAACCAGCCGAGCCCCGUCCUACCGUCAGCACAUCAUCCUCUCCAUGGAAAACCACCACCGCCACCAUCCCUUCCUACCGGCAAGGCCAACAUCCCACCGCGUGCCCCAGCUCUUUAUCCUAUACUCACCCAUCAGUUCCAAUAUACUCAUUCAACCCAUUCACAAUUAAAAUCCUCCUCACCACUUCUGAAGCAUUCAAGCACCAAAGUCUCACCAUCUACCCGGGCCAAUCCGCAGAACAAUUGUUUCAUACCAUGUUCUCCCCACUCUGUUCGCCUCCCAUCAAAUACUAGCCGCCCCAUCACAUCCCAGUCUCAACCGUCCAGGCGUGGCAAUGUGGAGGAAGAGGAAGUAACUGAAAGGAGCUUUGCAUGGAGCAGCGUGCGAGAAGCUUGCGGCGGAAGUUCGCCUUUUACUAGGAUAGAGGGCGAGCUGCGCCGGCUGAAUGACACCCUAACCCAUACAGAUCCGAAAGGAAACCAUAUCUUUUCCGUGUUAGGGUUAAUCGUUGAGCUCGUCACUCUGCUGGUUGACAAUCAAGAAAGCAAGGUUGCACCAUCACAACAAGAAAAGCUUUCACGCUAUGUGCAAACCGCCAAAGAAGCCCUAGGGAAGUUAGAAGCUGCAAAUCUGGAUUCCGUUAGACGAUGUAGCGGAACCCCGUCCACAGACUCCAUGUCACCCAUUUCAACGGACCCUUUGGAGAGGUCAACACUGCCCCCCAGAAACGGGUGCAGGACUUCAGUGGAUUCGAAUCUUCUCGAGACUCACAAGGAUAGCUCGUCGAGCACAGGGUGGAUUGCCCGACCUCGCUGGUCCGAUCGCAUGAAGUCGUCGCAAUCGCUUCCACCCUUGAACACGCUGAUUCCGACUUAUGCACCACCAAUGUAUCAUAGAACCCACAGUGCAGGUGCACUUCCAGCUUCCAUCAAUCGAUUGAUGAACGCUGACCCGGAGGAGUAUCCCAAGAUAGCUGCGAGCCCAGAGGAAGACAGGCAGCAUCGGGAACAAACUCAGGAAGAAGGUGAACAGGAAGACGACGAAGUUGAGCAGGCCGAAGAAGAAGAAGAAGAGGAAGCGGAACAAGAAGAAGAGGAUGACCUCGAAGAUGAGGAUGAUAAUCCGGACUACGAUGAUCACGACACCGACGACGAGGAUAGUGAAGAAGGCGGGCGUGGCCGUGGCGAGGACAUUUACGGUGAUUCCAAGGAGCUCGUCGACGCAGAGGCUCCCAGUGAAGUUGAUCAACAAAGCUUCUCUGACCAGCUCAGCUCGAGCGCCGGAAGCACAUCAGAAAGAACUAUGCAAGAUAGCAGCGCCACUGCACUGAAAAUCCAAUGCCUCUCUCGAAACGACGAACUGGACAUCUUGCACCGCAAGAGAUCCUACAACGGCUCCGAAGAGGAGCCAUGUGCAAUCUCCAUCUUGACAGAUGCCAACACCACAAACCACAAUCGAAAGAGGAUUCGAAGUGAGCAAGAUAUGGAUACCCCGACUGCGUGUCCGACUAACUGAAGUUGCUCGUUGGGUACUCAGUACAUUCAUUCCACACGUUCCGGGCAUGGAAUCUUCUCUGGGCGCAUCCUUUGUCUGAUCAACGCAUCUUUGGCCACGUACUGCAAUCAACAGUCUUAGACCAUCUUUUUCUUUUUUGAUAUCUUUCUGUUUGAUUAUGAAAUAACUAUCUCCCAUUCCAUGUCCUCAUGUCCCGUCAUGAACAAAACACAUUUCCCAUCCAUCAGUCACAUUCUUCUUUUUUUUUUUCGCCUGGAUAUCUAAACCACAUAUUACAAUAUUUACUCGUGUUCCCUUUGCUUCAAUCGGUUGAUCAGUCACCCUCGAACAUCCCACAUCUGCUUCUAUAUACUCUAGAUUCGGUGCCCAUUUCUGUCGGUCUGCUCAUGAUUUGUAUGGUGUUUUGUUUUUUGGAGCUUUGUUUUGUUACCUAUCGGGUUCUCCAAAAGUAUGGAAUAUUAGUCCGAUGAUGAGGCCGGAUCUAAAAAAA